CUAGGUAGGUAGCCAUCAGCGCGCCUAUAGACAUUCCAUCAUCCAUCGAGACACGCAAAACACAUUCAUAGGUAGGUACCAAGGUGCGGGAGGUACCGAGUAUUCCAGACACCCGGCAGCAAGCAAACAUGCACCCAAUGCCCAAUGUCCACUGUCUCAGACAGGCACAACCCUCUCGGAUACCCACGGCUACAAGCAUGCACCCACCCAACCCAGGUCGCGCCACCGCUUUCUUUCGAUUCCUGAGUCAAGUCAAGUCGCGGUCUGGCAGACGCAGAAAACAAACAAACAGCGGCUCUACCACCACUCGGUAUAGGCCACCAUGACUGCGAACUGUGUCGGGACAUGAGACACAGGCACGCGACACUCGCGUUCAGUGACUUGAAUGGGUUGCGUGGGUUAGGUACGGUGAGAUAAAAAGCUCGCAAAGCCAGCGUACCAGGGACGAAAAACAGGGUUCUGGCCUGCGUCCCAUGGGACUCUAGUUGACACGGGGCGGAAAACCGUCGAUACCUUUGCGAUUUCAGCGGCUUUGGGCUUUGGUGUCUUCUUUUCUGCUUUCUGCUUUCUGUUUUUUGUUCUUUUUUUUUUUU